CUGGUGGAAGACGGGAGAGCAUCCCGGAGGAAACCUGUGAGCAAAAACUGGGGGCUGGGUGAAGCAGGACACCAAAGUAAUGGGUGUUGAAUGGGCCAAGCUGACAGCUCUCUGGGGGAGUGGAUGGUGCUGGAGGACACUCCCUUCCACCGGGCACGGAGGGUUUGUUGUGACUUCCUCCCACCGCAGCAGCUGGCAGAGCCGGGGCUGCCCUUUCUGCUGGUGCCUCCUUUCAGCCGCCUCUGUCUGGGGUUCCCUUCGUCUGGCCCCGCCCCCCGGGCUAAGCGGGGCGGGGCCAGGCGGUCCCGGAGGCUGCGGAAGGCAGGACAGCGGGAGCAGGUGGAGGGCUGGCGGCGGUCGAGAUCGUGCUGCCAUGGCUCAGCCUCUGGGUCCAGAGCCUCAGCUCCUACCUCUUCCCUCCUUGCCAGCCCCUGAUGCCUGCCAGACUUUUGCCUCUGCUGGAGCCCCUGCCUGACCAGCUUCCCCUCCCUGUCUGGUUGGGAUCUGGGGGCUGAGCUGUCUGGGGUCCCAGGGCCAACCAAUGCAGUGCCGGCCCCUGCGGGGCCUGGCUGGAGCCCUCCUCACCCUCCUGUGCAUGGGGCUCCUGUGUCUGCGGUACCACUUGAACCUGUCCCCGCAGCGGGUACAGGAGACCCCCGAGCUGAGCCAGCCGAGCCCAGGGCCCCCUGAGCUACAGCUACACGAUGUCUUCAUUGCAGUGAAGACGACCCGGGCUUUCCACCGCUUGCGCCUGGAGCUGCUGCUUGACACGUGGGUUUCCAGGACCAGGGAACAGACAUUUGUCUUCACCGACAGCCCAGACAAAGGCCUCCAGGAGAGACUGGGGUCCCACCUUGUGGUCACCAACUGCUCUGCGGAACACAGCCACCCAGCUCUGUCCUGCAAGAUGGCUGCUGAGUUCGACACCUUCUUGGCCAGUGGGCUUAGGUGGUUCUGCCAUGUGGACGAUGACAACUAUGUGAACCCAAGGGCGCUGCUGCAGCUUCUGAGAGCCUUCCCGCUGGCCCGCGACGUCUAUGUGGGAAGGCCCAGCCUGAACCGGCCCAUCCAUGCCUCAGAGCCACAGCCCCACAACCGCACGAGGCUGGUACAGUUCUGGUUUGCCACUGGGGGUGCUGGCUUCUGCAUCAAUCGCAAACUGGCUUUGAAGAUGGCUCCAUGGGCCAGUGGCUCCCGUUUCAUGGACACAUCUGCUCUUAUCCGGCUGCCUGAUGACUGCACCAUGGGCUAUAUCAUUGAGUGCAAGCUGGGCGGCCGCCUGCAGCCCAGCCCCCUCUUCCACUCCCACCUGGAGACCCUGCAGCUGCUGAGGACUGCACAGCUCCCAGAACAGGUCACCCUCAGCUACGGUGUCUUUGAGGGGAAACUCAACGUCAUUAAGCUACAGGGCCCCUUCUCCCCGGAGGAGGACCCCUCCAGAUUUCGCUCCCUCCAUUGUCUCCUCUAUCCAGAUACACCCUGGUGUCCCCAGCUGGGUGCCCGAUGAAUCCUGAACUGCUGGGCAAAGCUUGGGCCGAGACUUCUGGGUGUGCCUUGGCUCCCAAGGUGGCGCUGUAGGUCCCUGGCAAGUGUCUUGCGAUAGGCAGUCUCUGGCAGGGCCUUCGGGUGGUUGGCAAGCCCAGGAUCUGAGUGGCAAUUGGCACUGAAGGCACCCCAGGCCCCUGGGAGGUGAGUUAGACAGCCCAGGGGACCAGGUGGACCAGGUGGUGGCCAGAGAGGCUCCAGGGGCUAGACUCCCUCAGGAGGCUGAAUUGAAAAAGGGCAGGGGGCACUUGAGCUGGGCUGGGGCUCAGGGGUCCUAACCCUUUAGGCAGUGACAUGGCCUCUGGGUGGGGUCUGGCCGUUGGCCCUGGCUAAUGUCUCUCAGUCAUUCCCCUGGGGCUCAAGCGCUGGGCCGCCCACUCCUGCCUCCCUCAUCUGUGUCCCGAGUUCCUGAAGGGACACGGGUGGAAUGAUGGCAGAAUCCAGGGUCUGCAGCACCUGCUGUUGUUGCCAACCAGUCUCCCAAAGCUCCUUGCUCCCCACCCCUUGCUAACAGGACCAGAUUUUGUUUGGAGCCUCAGCAUGCCAGGGCCCAGAUGAUGGAGCAUAACGGGUCCCAGCCAAUUGUGAUGAUCCUUUUUGCUCAUUUCCCAGCCUUCCUUGCUGUUAGGGGCUACCAUGGGACCAACUCUGGCCAGAGGGAACUAAGCAAAUCCAGUAGAGAUGUUUCUGGGGAAGGUUUUGCAGCCCACUCCCCAUUUUCCUGCUAUAAAUGUGGGUGUGAUGGCUGGAUCUGGGGCAGCCACCUUGCUACCAUGAAGGAAAGGCCAAGACAAUCAUCCACAGCUAUUCCCUCCAGCAUCUGGUUCUGUAUGAAAAUUAAAUGCUUAUUUGUUUAAGUCUCUCUUGGUCCAGUUUUCUGUUACAUGCAGCCAAAUUGUUCCUGACGGGGUAUGGUCUUUAUCUGUCUAUCACAGUGGAGAUGGUGAUCACUUUUGAUGGUGUGAUAGGAUGUGUGCAAAGACCAUGUUACAGAGCCUGGCAUAGAGAAAGGAAGGGCAGAGUGGAUGGUGACUGUUACUGGCGUGUUUGUGAGUCAUGGUGUGUGAGUCGGUACACGGGUGUGUGUGUGUGUGGCAUGUACCUUCUACAUGUGUCUGUGCAUAAAGAUGUCCAUGUGUUUUUUUUUUUUUUUUUGAGACAGAGUCUCACUCUGUUACCAGGCUGGAGUACAGUGGCGCGAUCUUGGCUCACUGCAACCUCCGCCUGCGGGGUUCAAGCAGUUCUCCCAAUUCUCCUGCC